AUGGAUACAAUAAAAAAAUCUCUCGAGGAACACCAAGGGCACUUGUUAGUGAAUAAAAGUAAGACCAAAAGUGUACCAUUGAAAAUAGCAAAUGUAACGAAAAUAAAUUUUGUUCGUCCAAAAUUAAAAAAGAAAAAGACUGAAGCGAAAAUUAUCACACUGGAACAAGUACGGAGUUGGGCAAAGGCAAUAGCAGAUAAACUGUUCGAAAAUGAAAAGCAGUUUGUGCGACGAGACAUUCUUUUAAAUGGAUUUGCCGAUAUAAAGUCCGAAGUUCGUAACGGAACGGCAAUUGUGGAAAAAACUACAAAUAUCUUGAACGAACUAUUAGAACGGCGUGGUAGAGCUGCCGAAUCGAUCAUGAGAAAAGCAGAAGAGCUGGCUGCAAAUAAAACUCCCCCUCCGUCGGAUUACACCUUUGUAAGGAGUGAUGACAUAGAUGUUUUAAAACAAGAGGAGAAACAGGAGAAAGACUUGGAGCUUCCUUUGAAUUGCAGCAGUUUGAACAAAGUGAAACUUACGAGUAGCGUACACUUUGAUGCGAAUGUAUCUUUAGAGUACACCAGCGUUCACGUCGCUUUAGAAGUAUUUGAAUGUGAUCCUCGGGUACUUGAACAUGUACAUUGGACAGAAGGACUACUGUCUACGUUCAGAGAAAAUUACGCUCAAGAUGCCACACUCGACUUUCAAUACAUGUGUAGUGCACAAGGUUUCUUAAGACAUUAUCCUGCGGCCCUAUGGCAAAAUAUGUACAAGCUGAAAACGGAUGGCGAAUAUCUAUACGACUGUAGACUUCGUCCAUGGUACGUCAGCGCUAGUGGCGCCCCCCGAGACGUACUUAUUCUUCUCGACGCUUCUGGUUCCAUGAACUCCUCAAACUUGGUCAUAGCUGAACAGUUCACACUUGCACUACUCAGCGCAUUGACAGAUGAUGACCAAGUCAAUGUACUUCGUUUCAAUGUUGUGGUGGAAUCGCCCAUUCCAUGUUUCAACGAAAAACUUGUACCAGCGAACCAUGUGAACUCUGCCGCAAUGAUGGCCGCCCUAAAGCACCAGAAGGCGGUGAAUGAAACGAAAAUGGACAACGUCCUCACAUACUCGGUGCACUUACUGAAUAAGCAGCGUAAGGCAAAAGACACGCCAACGUCCUGCCAACAAGCUAUUGUUAUGUUAACAGACAGUCUAUAUGAUAACUAUACAGAACUUAUGCAUCGAAUCGACCCGGACGGUAGUAUCAGACUUUUCGUCCUCUGGCUUCACGAUCGCUUCGGCGUGCGUGACAACACGCGGCUGUACGCGGGAUCCGCAGCGUGCGAACGCGAUGGGUACUACGCGGAGCUGGUCACGGACUCCGACGUCACGGAGCAGGUGAUGAGCAUUCUGCGGGUCAUGGAGCGCCCACUCGUGGCGCAGCGCAAGCAUCGCCUCAGGGUGUACAGCGACGUAUAUGCUAAUGUUGAGGAUCCAAGAAGGAGUGAAUACUACUGGCAACAGAAAGAAAAUGCUGAGCAAACCUUCCGAUAUGGAGAGUUACGGCGAAAUAAGGACAAAUUUCUCGCCACCGAGAAAUUGUACGGUGACUACAUCCACAUACGCCAAUUGGAUAACUAUGGCCACUAUUAUGAGGGUGAAGAUGUAAACUACCGGCUGCAAAUAAGCGUUUCAGUUCCCGUCUUUGAUCACUCUACAUCAGAAAAUAUAACUAAAAUCCUGGAAGAGGAAAAACAGAGGAAUUCAACAAGAACGUACCCCGUUAACAGAUUGCUCGGAGUGGCGGGAGUCGAUAUACCCAUAGACCACCUCAAGCUAAUCCUACCUUACUACCUACUAGGUGCUGGGGGCUCGCUGUCUAUUGUGGAUCAUAGAGGCAACAUUGUAAUACACGAGAACGCCAAAGUUGUGUUCGAUGGCGACAUUUUAAAACCAGGAUACCGUACAGUCGACUUUUUAGAUGUCGAGCAGCCCGCUGCAGAUCGUUUGCCGCGUGAUUAUCCAGAAGAUUGGUACGAGUUCCGAAAAGAGUUAGUUGUCGAUCAUCCCAGUGGACACAGAACAAUGGAAACUAAAAGCAUCUUCGAAAGCGGUAUGCGAGCGAUCUUAGAGAAAAAAGACUACUAUUGGAAGAGAGUGAUGGACCAUUACACGGUAGUAGUUGCUCUUCCAAAAUAUAACACGAGACACGCCGUUCCUGACGCAGCCUUCACACAGCAGCUAGCUAAAGAAACAUUUAAGAUAUUGCACGACACUGAGUUUUCCGUACAUCCAGAAUGGUUGUACUGUCAAUAUGUCGACCCACAUUUUGAAACAAAAAAGGAAGAAAUAAUCCACUUCAUCAAACGAAGACGAGACGAAGCGAACUUCGCUAUGAGGAAAAUAAAGCAUCUCUUUUCGCCAAUUAAACCGUCUCUUCUGGAAAAAACUUACCAAUGUAAUGAGGACUUAAUGGCCCGUCUAUGCAAGGAGAUAAUCGCCACUGGCCCGUGGAUGGAGAUAGACAACAUCGAGGGAGAACAUUCGCUGGGCUCCAUUACGACAUUCUUUGCUAGUGAAAGUGGUUUAAUGCGAUGGGCGGUACACCGCGCGACUAGUGCUCACGCGGAGCCUCCCUCCGGUGACCUGUGGUCGCACGGCCCCGCUGAGCCGUGGUACCGCCGCGCCGCCGCUGCGCCUGACACGCUUGUCGUGCACACGCCCGUCGCGCCCGCGCGCGUACACAGGAACAGCUUCCUGCCGCCACCGUCGCUAGGUGAGCGAUAUCAGUGGCUCACGGCAGCUCGCACUCUGGGACAUACCAAUGCGGGAGUUUUCGGUGUCGCCGGCUACCACUUCCAUCCCAAACAUUUAGAGGACCUGCUCAACUCCGUUACUAAUUUACGUAUCCUGGAUGACUGCGAUGAGGAGGAUGAAGAUGAUUGCGACGCGCGUUGCGACGGCAAGGACUGGUCCUGUGUUCUCAUCGACGAAGGGGCGUGGAUAGUGUCCAACGUGCGUGAGGACGACGAGGAAGAAGAGGAAGAGCCGCUGAGAGAACAUCUUGCUAACUCGCACCCUGCCGCGAUGGCAGCGCUGCUUAAUGCAAAUAUAUUUAAAUUGAGCUGGAUACAUGAUUAUCAGGGUGUUUGUUUCCCGCCUAAGAAUGAAAAGAUAUAUUCGAGAGCUCCGUCGCUACCUUCUUUAGUGAGGUCAGCUUGGCAUUCUGUGAAGAUGCUCAUACGCGCCACUGAACAUGUUCUCACAGUUGUCACUUUACUAUAUUCCAGUGUUCUCGUAAAGAGCGACACGGAAGCCGAAAAAGAGAAGCGUCGCAGGCGUCUGCGCCGCGACUACGAGCGCGAGAAGUACGAGCGCCUCUACGACAAACGAGUGCUCGUCAACAGGACGCGCUUCACCGCCUGCGACCGCUCUCGCGCCCUCUACGAACUGCAGCGUACUCCAAAAGCAAUGGAAGCUCUAAGGCGGACCCCCCACUUGUGCAAGUGGCCUCUAGUCGGCGCAGAAGUUCCGAAUACCAACCUGCUCCUGCUGGCGAUCUACAACGGAUGUCAACACUCUGGAAAACCUGUCAAUGAUCCAUUCACCAAUGAACCGCUGGCGCAGGCGGCGGGCGGCGCGCGGCGCGGCACGGCGGCGGCGCGGCUGGCGUGUUGGCGCAACCGCGUGCCGCUGCCCGCGCGCGCGCCGCACACGCGCUGCUUCCCGCACGACUUCGCUUACGAAGUGGGCUAUCGACAAUGUGGCCCUUGGCUCCCAGACCCCGACUCCGCUAGCAAUAUUCACCUAUCAAUUAUUCUAUCAAUUAUUAUGUUUUUCAAUUUUUUUAUAUAAUUGUAAAAAUAAUUUAAAUAAUAAUCAUGUAUAAAAUAUCAUUUA